UUAGUAUUGGUUAUAAAAUAAACUAAAGAAAGAGGCAUUUGAUAUAUAAAAAAACCUUUCAAGUUGUCUUUUAAAAAUGCAUAUCGAUAAAGCUAAUGCAAUAAUUCUGUCAUUAAAUUUAUGAAUGUUGAUAGCGACGGUUGCGAUGAAUCGAUUCAUAACACAAGUUUCGUAAUACACCAACUUACAGGUUAUUUAUAAAAAUCUGAUUUUGCCUUUCAGAUUUUUUUAGAAUUGUGUUCACAAAUAAUAAUAUCAAAAAGAAAUGCCUUGAAAACGCUGAAAAUUCGAUAAAGUGAGUGCCCAUAAGUAAUUGUGUAUACUUUAUUAAUUAAUAGAGUAAUGCCGGUGAUACUUCCGGGCUGAAAUAUCACAGCAAGAACAUGGCACUAUUUAUGAAACAGGACUUCACCCCCCCAAUGCUAUCGAGGAAAUGGAUUGUGAUGAAAGUGAGACCCAAUAUGCUAAUAUACAGCAGGGAGAAUAUUAUAGCGAUACUUGAAAGUGGCCUCCUAUUCCGGGAAGACAGUGUCGAAGUUGAACAGGAUGCACCUGAUGUCGCGACGGCCUGGAAACACGCUGGAGGCACCAGUGGGGGCUGGUUCACAUCUGGAGAACGGAAUGUGGCUCUUUUGGCCACUGUCGCCCUGUUGUUAGCUUCACCACCAAGAAAUCUGCACCGCUGGUCGUUACUUAAGCUGGCGACAUACGCUCUGGUGCCGGUGGCGACGCGUGCGACACAUCGGUCGCGCUGUCGCGGCGCCCUCCGCACUCUACUGACGCUGAUGCGCGACUACAUGGCGCUCGCGCGACGUGCGACCGCCUGCUGUCGGGAGUACGCUGCGUUGCACGCGCGACUUGAGUCGGUGACGUCAGCAGUGGAGUCGACCCACACGAUGCUGUGUAGACAGCAAACCGAGUUGCUGAUCUUAAUGUCAAGGGCGUCGUCAGCUUUGCUUGGCAACGUGCCCUGGCUUCGCGGGGACGUCACUUACGAAUGCCACAACGACAAUCUGAUGAAAAUCCACCAUGCAUUCUUAGUCGUCCAAUCGACGCUGUUAAAGCACAUAGCAAUGGCUCAUCACAUGCCAUCAGCGAAUACACUGAAGCAUAUAUACAAGAACCACAAUGAACGCAUAUACUGGAUCCACAACGUACUCAUACACCAUUUAAUCCAAGAGUUCAAGGAAAACUACGAGUCUCUUGAAAGAAUGUAUAGGCUACUAAAGAACUAUGGUGCCAAAGAUAGUGCAAGUGCGAUGAAAAAACCCGGUUCCGCCAUCAACGAUACCUGGCUCUACUCAGAUGUCCACACGGGGAUAGCUAGAUCGUGUCUAGAACUCAAAUUAGCUAUAGACAAGUGUAGCAACCUAGACAUGUUCCUUGAUUCAUGUGCGUUGAACAAACAGGAAUUGGAUUUGGAUGUACUCGAUAGAGAUAUCGAUGAAAUUAUAGAGAACAUCACUAAAUGCUUAUCGACAGUACAAAGCUCUCAAAUAAGACUCAAGAAGAUGCUCAAUAAAGUUCGGGUUGAAGAAGAUAAUGUCCAGGAAGCUGAAGAAGAUGAAGAAGUGUCUAUUGUUAAAAUAGAAGAUAGAGAUCCCGAAAUAAAAGAUGAAGUUUUCUAUUGCGUCAAAACAGACGACGAGGUUGUCACAUCACCUGUUGGUGAUAUUUUGACGGGACCGGGGAAGAAAGAGAAGGAGAAUUCCAAAGUUGUGCUAACAGAAUUAAAGAGGAAGCUAGUCAAACGGGAGGAUUUGAUGAGAGAAAGAGAGAGGCAGGCGCUAGCAAAAACAAUGCCAGAAUUACAGAAUGUACCGGAGUUUCCGAGGCAGAUUCCCGAAGAGUUCUCCGAGCGGAAAGGUUUCAUAUCCAAAUUGGUAAGGAAGAGAAAACCAGUUAAACUGUUCAAGCAAUAUAAAAUCAGUAGACACUUCAGAAUGCGGAAGAAAUAUGAGAAGUUUAAUGUUAAAAUACUAAAAUACGAAGACGAUGGUGCAUUACCAAGCAACGUUGUCGAAGCGAAUGGAAAAUGUGAUAUAAAAAGUGUUUAUUUAUCAAUAACCAAAGUUCAUUACGGCUACGAUAUAACAAUAUGGCGUAAAUGUGCAUUCGGAGAACUAAAUUUCCGUCCGGACGAUAGAAAAGAUUUUCUGUCCAGCGGGCGUUCCGAAUGCUCGAGCAUGGUAGAGGACAGUACAGAGAGCAGAAAUGUUAGCAACAACGUGAUAGUGCGACAAAAGAAAAUAAGUCACAUGAACGACUUUAAAUUUUCCAAAAAGGAUCUCGAAUUGUCGCCUUCAUCAUCCGAAACCGAUUUGGAACUUAUGCAUAACGAAAAAGUAGCAUUACUAGAUGACAUAAGGCGCCACAGAGUCGCGAGGAAAAAGAACGUUCCCGCCAAAAGGGCAUCCGUAGACAAUGUAGAUGAAAGUCUCAAGCCCAUAGAGUAUAGUUUCGGCACAGGCAUGGCUAUGGCGUCUGUUUUACAAGUUAACAGUAAACCCAAAACGCCUUAUAUGUUGCAAGAGGAAGUUUUUAUUGGGGACGGAGAGGUUUCUAAUGACAGCGGAAACGAUGAAGAUGCUUAGAAAUCAGGCAAGACAUGUCCACACAGGACAGGCCACAAAAUGUCGCUUUAAUAGAUAAUAAUUGUCACAGAGCCGAGAAUAAUGUUCCCGCUAAAAGGGCUUCCAUAGACAAAUUAGUCUUGUGUCUCUUAGGUCUACACCAGUCUGUACAGUCGGUUAAAUGACAGUUUCUAAAGCCAUCGGAAACUAUGUGGAUUAAUAAAAGUAAUAGACAAGGACUUUCACGUCACAGAGUAGCCAUAGACAUUGAGAUAACAAAAAUGUCGCCUCGAUGACAAGAUGUCACAGUCACUAGAAAACAACGUUCCCGCCAAAAUUACGCAUACAUAGAACAUUUUCAUUUAAGUUAGAUUCUAAUCACAGUGGAAUAUAUGCUGAUUUUACCGCCAUAGAGUAGCCAUAGACAUUUGACUGUUUCAAAUCGUAUACUCUACGUUCUGUUUAGAAAUAUACUGUGAUAUUUUG